UUCCUGAUAUAUCCCUGAAAAGCCUGUAAACAAAUCGAAAUUACAUCAAAGGAAACCCCGAUCCACCCCGGCCAGAUCUUUUCCGGUAUGUCGCCGAAGCCAUCGGAGAACGGAAUGGAGGGAGACGACGAGAGAGAAGAGGAAUCGGAAGAAGAUAAUUCGGAAGCAGAGGUUGACGAGGAGGAGGAGGAGGAUGAGCCGCGGCUCAAGUACCAGCGGAUGGGCGGCAGCGUGCCGACGCUCCUCCAAACCGACGCAGCUUCGUGUAUCGCCGUUGCCGAACGCAUGAUCGCUCUCGGCACCCACUCCGGCUCCGUCCACAUUCUCGAUUUUCUCGGAAACCAGGUCAAAGAAUUCAUUGCUCACACUGCUGCAGUUAAUGACCUUUCAUUUGAUAUAGAAGGUGAAUACAUUGGAAGCUGCUCUGAUGAUGGUUCUGUUGUAAUUAGUAGUCUUUUUACUGAGGAAAGAAUGAAAUUUGAGUAUCAUCGCCCUAUGAAGGCCAUUGCUUUAGAUCCAGAUUAUGCGCGAAAAUCAUCCAGGCGAUUUGUUACUGGAGGUUUAGCUGGCCAUCUAUAUUUUAACACGAAGAAAUGGAUAGGCUAUCGAGACCAGGUCUUACACUCUGGUGAAGGCCCAAUUCAUUCUGUGAAGUGGAGAACUAGUCUCAUUGCCUGGGCUAAUGAUGCCGGUGUAAAAGUUUAUGAUGCUGCUAAUGAUCAACGUAUAACAUUCAUCGAAAGACCUCGAGGAAGCCCACGCCCUGAGCUUCUGCUCCCUCAUUUAGUUUGGCAGGACGAUUCUAUGUUGGUCAUUGGUUGGGGAACGUCUGUUAAAAUUGUAUCAAUAAGAACCCAUCCGAAUAAAGGCGCGAAUGGGACUUUUAAGCAGAUUCAGAUGUCUAGCUUGAGCCAGGUGGAUAUUGUGGCAUCUUUUCAAACCAGCUAUUUCAUUUCAGGAAUUGCUCCCUUUGGUGAUUCUUUGGUUGUUCUAGCAUAUAUUCCUGUGGAAGAAGAUGGAGAGAAGGAAUUCAGUAGUACUAUGCCUUCACGCCAGGGCAAUGCUCAAAGACCUGAAGUGAGAGUUGUCACCUGGAAUAAUGAUGAACUGGCAACUGAUGCUCUACCUAUAAAUGGCUUUGAGCAUUACAAGGCCAAGGAUUAUUCUCUUGCUCAUGCUCCUUUCUCGGGUAGCAGCUAUGCAGGUGGUCAGUGGGCUGCGGGUGACGAACCCUUGUAUUAUGUCGUGUCUCCGAAGGAUGUUGUUAUUGCUAAGCCUAGGGAUACAGAAGAUCACAUAGCUUGGCUUCUUCAACAUAAAUAUCAUGAAAAAGCCUUGGCAGCAGUUGAAGCUGGUCAGGGUCGAAGUGAGCUUCUUGAUGAGGUGGGAUCUCGAUAUCUCGACCAUCUGAUUGUGGAGCGGAAAUAUGCUGAAGCAGCAUCUUUGUGUCCCCAAUUACUGCGAGGAUCAGCUUCUGCAUGGGAAAGGUGGGUUUUUCAUUUCGCUCAUCUACGUCAACUUCCUGUAUUGGUUCCUUACAUACCAACAGAAAAUCCUAGGUUACGUGAUACUGCUUAUGAGGUUGCUCUUGUUGCUUUGGCAACAAAUACAUCAUUUCACAAGGAUCUCCUGUCAAUUGUUAAAACUUGGCCACCUGUUGUAUAUUCUGCUUUGCCCGUAAUCUCAGCUAUAGAACCUCAGCUUACUACUUCAUCAUCUACCGAUGCUCUCAAAGAGGCUCUUGCUGAGCUAUAUGUUAUUGAUGGACAAUAUGAGAAAGCCUUCAACCUGCAUGCUGAUCUUAUGAAGCCGGAUAUAUUUGACUUCAUUGACAAGCAUAAUUUGCAUGAUGGCAUUCAAGAAAAGGUUGCUCAGCUUAUGAUAAUAGAUUGCAAACGUGCUAUUCCAUUGUUUAUCCUGCACAGAGACGUCGUAAGCCCAUCUGACGUAGUUUCACAACUCAUGGCUGCAAAGAAGAAGUGUGACUACCGGUACUUUUUGCAUCUGUAUCUCCAUUCGCUGUUUGAGUCAAAUCCCCAUGCUGGCAGGGAUUUCCAUGACAUGCAGGUUGAGCUCUACGCAGAUUUUGAUGCGAAAAUGCUACUCCCCUUUCUUCGGAGUAGUCAGCAUUAUACACUCGAAAAGGCUCAUGAAAUUUGUGUAAGAAGAGAUCUAUUACGAGAGCAAGUCUUUAUUCUUGGAAGAAUGGGAAACUCGAAGCAAGCAUUAUCAGUAAUUAUUAAUAAACUGGGGGAUAUAGAAGAGGCCAUAGAAUUUGUAAGUAUGCAACAUGAUGAUGAUCUCUGGGAAGAGCUGAUUAGGCAAUGUCUGAACAAACCUGAGAUGGUAGGAAUAUUGUUGGAGCAUACUGUUGGGAAUCUCGACCCCCUAUAUAUUGUAAAUAUGGUGCCCAAUGGCUUGGAGAUACCUCGGCUGCGAGACCGUCUUGUCAAAAUCAUCACAGACUACAGGACCGAAACUUCUCUAAGACAUGGGUGCAAUGAUAUACUCAAGGCUGAUUGUGUUAACCUGCUAAUCAAGUACCACAAAGAAGCAAAGCGAGCCAUAUACUUAAGCAACGAGGAAGACGGGUCCCGCACAAAAAGAGAUGAAAACGGAGUUUCUCAGUUAUCCGAGAGAUCCACGAGCAUAAAAAACAUGGAGGUGAAGUCAAAAAGCAGGGGAGGCACAAGAUGCUGCAUGUGCUUUGAUCCUUUCUCCAUUCACGAUGUGUCCAUAUAUGUUUUCUUCUGUUGCCAUGCAUACCACGAGACUUGUCUUAGGGAUUCCAUCGACUCCAUUAGUAGCAAAAAGAAGAAGCCAACUGUAGCACACCCUAAAGAAGAUUUAUCGUAUUAUAAUUAUGAUAAUGGCGAUAAUGAUGACGAUGAUGAUGAUAUCCAUGACGAGGAUGAUGCUCGGGUACGUUGUAUCUUGUGUACUACUGCAGCUGCCGGUUGAUUAUUUUUUAUUGUUAUAUUUUUUUAAUUUGGUGUCUUUUUUCUCCUGUAUUUAUGUAUGUAUAAUGAUCUUCGGCUGUGUGUGCAUAUCUUAUGAGCACGAUCUCUACUUAGUUGAUUUCACGUCGAGCAAGUCUGCGUUUUGUAUGUUAAUAUUAUAAUAUUAACCAUCGAUUUUAUUUUUUUUGUUUUUUUCGAAAGCAAAGUGUAUUUUACCAGGUCAAAAUGUAGCUUCUGUUGAAAGUUUUUGUUGGUAUGUAAUUGUAUUCAACAAUUGGACAAUCAAUACUUCUCAUUUUUUAAGAUUCUUUUUUUCUUAA